AUGUACAUGGAUCACAAAAAAUCUACAGCACCGGCCAGCCCACUUUUGCACUAUCAGCUGUGCAUCCGGCCAGCCCUGAAAGUUGAGGUAAGCCCACGUUGGCACACUGGCCAGCCUGGUCAGUCCAACUUUGGACACUGGCCAGUAGCAAGGAUCAUGACUAAAGUAUGUGCACCUAUCACUAAUUCACCUGUGGCCAACAGUCCUGCAUGCUCCCAUCCCUAUGCUCCCCAAUGUCCAACUAACAAGCAAUUCAAGAAAAUGAUGGAAGCUGCAAAGUCUAAUAUGUGCCACAAGGUGUUACUAGAGAAUGCUAUGCCCAAAAUGGGCAUCAACAUGGUGAUGGCAGAGGCAUCACUGUCAGCAGCUUGCCAGGACUUCAUGCCUGAUGCAGAGGUUCCAAACUAUGAAACUUGUCUUAAGAGCCUCCAAACCCUCACAAUGACCAUAUGGACGACCUUCAAAACAAGGGUGUACCACAAAGUCCCAGUUCAUCAUGAUUUUAACCGUCCAUUGGACGCAAACGUGGAGAUCAUGCACAGGAAACAAUGUGUACCAAUACUUGUUGAGAAUCAUGUGUACUUGUUUUUGCACGAAAUGAAUGAUCCAGACUCGCUGACCCCAGUCAAUCAUCCUGGCGUAUACACCAUCAUCAUUACAGCUGUGUGGGAAACUGGCUUCCACGCAGAGCUUGACAUAGACAAUGUGGACACUCUCAAUAAUCUGAUUUCACUCAGCGGUACUGCAACACAUUCAGUCCUCAUGGAGCAUCUCAGCAGGAGACGUCAGAUGGUGGAGUUUUCAGCAUCUUCAUCACCUGGAGCAGAGUAUUGUUUCAUUCAACAACACAAUCUCACCAUUCAUAAUGUUCCUGCAGUAUAUCACACUUCCAUUUCUUUACAGAAAGAUUUAGUUGAAUGA